UCGUCCGACCUUGUUUUGCAUUCGUGUGGGAAGCAGCAAGGAUCGUGUUAUCUGUUUUGUUUUGACCUUGUUAACUUGAUUGUUGCACCAUUGUGAGGUUUUGAAGAGUCACGCUUUACAAAUAACAGGCUACAACUGUUAGCUUCAACGAGAAAUAGUAAAAGCCUCUCCAAAAAUGCAGUUAUGAGGCUAAUGGGACUGAAAGCCUCGCUAACAUUAGUCUAGCUGCUUUUAUCUCUGCUUUGUUAUAAUGUCAGCAGCGCUUUUAAUGCCCCUGCAAUGCAGCCGCCAUGGUAAACUUAUUUACAAAGUGUUUACGCAGACACAAGGACACAGAUACCUCUCAAAUGUCUAUCCAUCUGCUGAGCACAUCAGGAAGUUUAUUAUAGAAAACACGGAGAUAACAGGAGAGCAGAGCCUGACUCCUGAGAUCAGGCUGAGGUUAUUCACCCCCCGAUGCAGAUUCUGGCGAGAGAGACCGGAGCUAUGGCCCUUUGAUGACCCCUACUGGGCUAUAUACUGGCCAGGGGGACAGGCACUGUCGAGGUAUAUCUUAGAUAACCCUGAGGUGUGCCGGAAUCAGACAGUCCUGGAUCUGGGGAGCGGCUGUGGAGCCUCAGCCAUUGCUGCAACACUGCGUGGUGCUGCUCACGUAGUAGCUAAUGACGUUGACACUGUUGCAGCUGUUGCGACCCAAAUGAACUGUGAGCUGAACGGGCUGGAGCCACCUGUUUGUCUGACCACAAACAUGAUUGGUUCAGAACCCGACGCCUUCAGCCUGAUCCUCUUAGGUGACAUGUUCUACGAUGAGACGGUGACGGGGGUGUCACUAAGCACCGAUGAGGACCAGUCGCCGCUGCUGCCUCCCAUGGGAGAGCAGAUCUCUUCCCCGUCCAAACCCCCCUCCCUCUAA